AUGGCCCAGAGGAUCCUCCUCAUCAACGGCCCCAACCUCAACCUGCUGGGCACGCGCGAGCCCCAAAUCUACGGCUCCGCGACCCUCGCCGACGUGGUCGCACAGGCGCAGGCCCAGGCGCAGCAGCUAUCCGUCCGCGUCGACGUCUUCCAGUCCAACCACGAGGGGGCCAUUGUGGACCGCAUCCAUGCCGCCGCGGGCUUUGUUGGCACAACAGCAACAACAACAAGCCUCGCAGGCGGCGACGACGACGAGGGGAAGAUUAAGGAGGAAGAGGCGGCCGCCGACGCCGUCGUCAUCAACCCGGGCGCGUUGACGCACACGAGCGUCGCAAUCCGAGACGCGCUGCUGGGGACGGGCCUGCCGUUUGUCGAGGUGCACGUCUCCAACGUGCACGCCCGGGAGACGUGGCGCGGGCGUAGCUAUCUGAGCGACAAGGCGGAGGCGGUGAUUUGCGGGAUGGGGGUGUUUGGGUACACGGCGGCGAUUGAGUUUGCGGCGCGGCAUAUGAAGAGUAAGGAGGGCGGGCCGUCCAGGCUGUAG